UGCAGCGCAUGGCGGGGACCCCGCCCCGCGGCGGCGCGAGGGUUCCGUGGGGCGGGGAGCGCGGCUCGUGGCCCCGCCCCUAUAUAAGGGCGGCGUGGGGGCAGCCCAGGAGCGCGGCCGCCGCCUCAGCCCCAGACCCGCGGACCCGGCGCCAUGGCAGACCAGUCUUUUGUGACUCUAGCUACAAAUGACUCCUAUGUGAAAGGAGCACUGGUACUUGGUUCAUCCUUGCAACAGCACAGAACAACAAGGAAGCUGACUGCACUCAUAACUCCUCAGGUCUCGGAUAUUAUGAGGAGGAUACUGGAAAAAGUCUUUGAUGAAGUCAUAUUGGUAAACGUUUUGGAUAGCGUGGACUCGGCACAUUUGGCGUUAAUGAAGAGACCUGAGCUGGGUGUCACACUAACAAAGCUUCACUGCUGGGAACUGACACAGUUUUCAAAAUGUGUGUUCAUGGAUGCAGACACAAUGGUUUUGUCAAAUAUUGAUGAGCUCUUUGAGAGAGAAGAGCUGUCUGCAGCACCAGAUCCGGGCUGGCCUGACUGUUUUAACUCCGGAGUCUUUGUUUACCAACCUUCCAUUGAAACAUACAAUCAGCUGUUACAGUUUGCUGCAGAGAAAGGCAGCUUUGAUGGUGCAGAUCAGGGGUUACUAAACACCUUCUUCAGCAGCUGGGCAACAACAGACAUGAGCAAGCAUCUACCUUUUAUUUAUAAUUUGAGCAGCACUUCUGUAUAUUCCUACCUUCCAGCAUUUAAAGCUUCCGAUUGCAACGGCUGCUCAAGACUGCUCUCUCCUGAGCUAUGGACAUCACUACGUAAAGAUUUGAGUUGGCUAUUUGGUGCGAAUACUAAAGUGGUGCAUUUCCUGGGAAGCACAAAGCCAUGGAACUACACAUAUGACUCCAGAACAAAAAGCAUAAAAGGCAACAUGGAUGACCCUAAAGUAGUUCACCCAGAAUUCCUCAACCUGUGGUGGGAUACCUAUACAGCUAAUGUGUUACCAUUACUAGAACACCAUGGAAUUGUAAAAGAAACUACUACAGGCGUAAACAUGCUUUCGGGCUUCAUCUAUACUCUGGCUUUCUCUUGUGGCUUCUGUAGAGAGGCAGAGGUUACAGAGGCGAUGUCCCACAUAUCAGUAUCAGAACCAUCACCAGUAUUACCAACUGUAUCUUCAGAAGAACGCAAGGAACGGUGGGAACAGGGCCAAGCUGACUAUAUGGGAGUGGAUUCCUUUGACAACAUCAAGAAGAAACUUGAUACCUACCUUCAGUAGAAAUGCCCGUCUGAAACAGUGGCGAUGCAAGGACUUGUUCCAGAACUAACAGCUAGGAAGGUAUAGAUGGUGGUCAGUUACACUUGCUAGUAGCUUGAUGAAAAACUUCUUGGCUGAAGGCCUCUGCAGUGCUACAGAUGAAGACUGAGCAAAAGCUAGGAAGCAGAAUUCCUUGGGCCACCUAUAACUGCCUGAUUUCCAAUUCUCCCUACUAGAUAAAACCAGGUAUUUUCAGCUUAAAUUUUCUUCUGUUGUGAUAAAUUGGCUCAACAUAUUCGCUGAAACUGGGUUUGUUACCUCACCUCAUUAAGACGAGAUUAGCAUUGAUUCCUUUGUGUGCUGUUUUAGAUGUAAAAUCUAAUUCAUGGGAUUGCUCAUACACUAGAGUGGUAGCCAUUCUGCUUUACCAUAAAUGUAUUGAUGCCACUGGGAUACGUACAGAUGUAACAGUAACAGCACUGCUUUGCUCUCCAGUCACAACUGCACCGAGGUUUUGACCAGGUUCCUACGCACAGUGCCUACAGCAUGGCAGAAUGCAUUCUCAGUUCUGUAUACUAUGGGACUAGUAAACUGAGUUAUCUCUGUUAAUUGCAAUGUUGCACUUCAUACAAAAAUAAAAAGUUGUCAUGCA